GUCACUCUUUUUUUCUCUCUUUCUCAACGGCGCCAUCCUUUCAUCGGGAUGAAGACGGAAAUCCUUCUUCUCCUGAUCUGCCUCGGGGCUGCCGUUGCUCUGACGAGGAAGCAAGAGGCCGCCGAGCAAAGCCGUCGAAAGGUCGCUUCAGCUACGACGCCGAAGGAACCAGAGGAGGAGUAUGAGGACGACGGGGAGCUCGUGGACGAAUGUCCGGAGCCCAAUGGAUACUUUCCGGACGCGGAACAAUGCGAUAAAUAUUACGACUGUCGAGACGGCAAGAUAACGGAAAAAUUGUGCUCCGACGGUCUUGUCUUCAAUGAUUUCAGCCCGCAGCACGAGAAGUGCGAUUUGCCGUUCGGCAUCGAUUGCUCAAAGAGACCCAAGCUACAAAAACCACAAUCAUCGCCACACUGUCCCCGCAUGCACGGCUACUUUGCCCACGAGGACCCCAGGAACUGUAAUACCUUCUACUACUGCGUGGAGGGCAAGUUCAACAUGAUCACUUGUCCGGAUGGUCUGGUCUUCUCCGAGAAGACCGGCAUCUGCAACUGGCCGGACGAGGCGCAGAAGAAGGGCUGCGGCUCCCGCGAACUCUUCAACUUCACUUGCCCGAAGGUCGACGACUCGGUGGCCGCGACGCAUCCGCGUUAUCCCGACGCCGAGGACUGUCAGUACUUCUACGUGUGUGUCAACGGUGAGAUACCGAGGCGAAGCGGAUGCAAACUCGGCCAGGCGUUCGACGAACGCACCGGAAAGUGCGACUGGGCCAGAAAAAUUCCCGAAUGCAAAGACUGGUACAAGGGUCAGCUAACCGACGAACAAUUGGACGCCUUGGAGAAUCCACCGCCCAAGCCAAAGCCUACCGGUGGACCAAGCAGAAGAAAAGGCAGCAGACCAACUGCUUAGAAUCAAGAUUUUAGAUUAAGCAUGUAGGUUUUUAAGUCUCUUUAUUUUUAAAUCGUAUUGUAUAAUAAAUAUCUUUACAAACACA